CUCGACUCCCACAUGAUACAUUAGCCUCUACAGCUGUGAGUCUUACGGCGCAACUCCGUUUAUCCUUGGAAGCGUUAGAUAUAAAAUCGUCUUCCUUCCCGCUGAAGGUCGAUUUCAACUCUGGCUUCUCAGUUGUCGAUAAUCCUACCUAUAGCUCGCUUCUUCGUUCUUUGAUAUUCCAAGUCUGCAGGCCAGCUUCGGCGGAACUCCCAAGUUUCCUUGUAUAUGAUGUCUUCCAACCCCAAAAAAGCUUCCGGCCUCCUAGGCAAUGCUCGCGCUGCACCUCCCCCUCCGCCACCUCCAAUGAGCACCGAGAGGGAUUUCACUCUUCCGACUUCCCCACAGCCUCCAAGUGUGGCUGCGACUGGUCCUGCUGGAGACUUUUUGGUCCAAUUGUUGAUAUACAAUGGCCAUCCUUUCAAAGAUCACUGGGCGUACUGGGUAUGCUCGCACACCAGCCCUGAUUACGGUGUCAUGAUUCACGCGACUGGAGAUGUGAGAAACGGCUUCAAAUUCGAGGUGAAGCGCGGCCAUGACUUCCUGGCCACGCAGAACCCUCCUAGCAAGAGGAUUCCACUUCAAUGGGUUAGUGGGGAGUACUUUGAUGAAGCGGCUAUGCUCAACAAUGGACAAUACAAGAUCGACAACAAUCCUGUCUGUCGUUUUGAGGCUAGUGCCCACAAGGUCAAAGCUCCUGAAAAGUCUUUGAAUACCACUGACAACAAGUCACUGGGGGCCAGUGUCGGCAAAAAGGUCACCCAAAGGAACUGUCAAACAUGGAUUGUCGAGUCUGCCGAUCAACUUGUUAGGGAUAAUAUGCUCAGCAGAGAUGUUGCCAAUUACCUUCGGGCAAUUCAGCAGUGAUUGUCCAAUACAAUCCUUACGGUGGAAGCUAUGGGGUUGCGAAUACUUUGGCAGAAUUUAAGGGCUGAGCGCUUCUCUUAUAUCUUUCUUUGCUCUCUAUAUAUAUGACCAUCGCGUGAGCUCAAAGCUCGCAGUUAUAUACCUUUCGACAAUACAAAAUAAAGCCAAGGGUGGUAGAUUGUCUCGUCGUCCACUGAGUCCAGGAUCAUUGGAAGAUACUUGUUGCGCCAAUCAUCCUGCGCGGCAUCGCUGAAGUAUCUCGGGUUCACCCUGAUCCACCGAGCCUUACAGUAUUCCCAGUAAGCAGGAUACCACCCAGCCUGGGCCCAGUCGAUGAUUGCAGCCACUUUCGGAUUUGCUCCUGGGGAGAUGAUGAUGUUAGGUGGCAGAAGAUCGUUAUGCGUGAAGACCACAGGUGUGUCGAUGUCGAU